AUGUCUCGGGCAACAGCGAUUCGGCUCUCCGGAAGGGUUGGAAACAACGACCGCAUCAAUGGCGUGUAUGUGCAAGUCGAAGACCAGGUCUUGCCGGACAGCCUCAGGCAGUCCGCUGACCGCCGACCCGUGUUCUACAACCAGGGCGGCAACUUGGUCAUGUUCUACUCGGCUCAGCUGCAAUGCUGGGUCAUCUCCGAGGACGUGGCAGGCACAACCGCCCCAGCCAUCGCCCAAUCCACCGCACGCCAUCCCCUAGACAUCCAGGCACCUUGGCGCGUCGCCCACGCGAGGGAAUUCCAGCCUGAUCCAAACAUUCGCCUGGAGGUCCACGCUCCCACAGCACAGCAACGGCAACCCCAGGCACAGCCCCCACAGCCUGCACAGCCACAGCAACACCACCGUCAGCAGAAGACAUACAGGCUCUCUGACGUCAUCAACUCCCUCAUCACUCACGAAGAGCGUCUCAUCAAACAUCUUGCGCUGGUGCUCGACAAGUUUGCACGCGACACGACGAUUAUGGACACGAUGCCGGCCACCUACCACAGCGUCCUCUUUGGUGGCGUGACGAAGCUCUACACCUUACACACGUCCAUUGUCGACAGGCUCAAGGAAACCAGCCACGCCUCCAACAAGGAGCAAAUCCGGCUGCUGCAGUGGCUCAAGGCGACGCUUGAGAGCACGAGUCCACCGUUUGUGUUCUCGCUGCCGCUCGUCCACCACACCGCCAACAUCGUCCGCUCAUCUCCGCUAUCUGCCGUCGCCUGCCCGGCCCUGCCCCACCGCGAGGCACAGUUGGGCGUGACGGUGAACGAGGAGCUGUCGCGCAUCGGCGCAGCGCUGGCGUCGCUCUCGUCCGCCGUCAACAUCGGACACGUUCCACACGACGAGGUGGUGCACUGA